ACAUUUUUUAGCAUAUAUCAAUAAAAAGUUGUCAUGUGAGAAUCAUGUGAGUGAUGUGACGCAUGUGCUCACACGCUUGCUCACACUUAUAUCAUCUAUACAAGCCAUGGAAAAAUAUUACGUAACGUUAGUUUGAACUCUGGUCAGAAGAGACUGCUUCGUUCAAUAAUGUGUACAUGUGAUCAAAGGAAGACAAUGUCAUAGAAAGUGCUGAAAUGAACGAGAUGAAUGAAACAAAAGCCAGUCUUCAAUCUAACAAUGGUGCAGUUAAUGCUGAAGGUUAUGGAGCAACCUGUGAUGGAAGUCAAGGUAGUAAUGUAACAGACCACUGUGCAAGUAAUAAUAAAAACAAAGAAGGUCAUGAUCACAAGACAACAUACUUUGAAUCAAGAAUACCAAUACCUCGUGAGGCAGACAGAGAUUAUGGCUUCAGUUUUAAACGUCUUUGGGCAUUUACUGGUCCUGGAUUCUUAAUGAGUAUUGCGUAUCUUGAUCCAGGAAAUAUUGAAUCAGAUCUUCAGUCUGGGACUACUGCAGAGUUUAAGCUCCUAUGGGUUCUCAUGGUAGCAACAUUUAUUGGAUUUUUGAUGCAGAGACUAUCAGCUCGUCUUGGAACAAUCACUGGAAAACAUUUGGCAGAGUUAUGUUACGAGAAAUACCCAAAAGUACCGCGGAUUAUAUUAUGGAUCAUGGUGGAGAUUGCUAUAAUUGGCAGCGACAUGCAGGAAGUCAUUGGAACUGCAAUAGCGUUUUAUCUUCUUUCAAACGGAAAAAUUCCUCUGUACGCUGGCGUACUUAUUACAAUCAUGGAUACGUUUGUUUUCCUCUUUUUAGAUAAAUAUGGUCUAAGGAAACUUGAAGUAUUUUUUGGCUUCCUAAUUACAGUUAUGGCAGUAACAUUUGGAUACGAGUAUGGUGUUGUUAAACCAAAUCAAGCAUCCGUAGUGAAAGGAAUGUUUAUACCUGGUUGUGAUAACUGCACUGCAAAAGCCAGGAAACAAGCUGUAGGAAUAGUUGGUGCAGUCAUUAUGCCACACAACUUUUACUUGCAUUCAGCCCUUGUCAAGUCUCGACAAGUUGACAGAAGUAAACAUCAGGAAAUUAAAGAAGCGAACAUGUAUUACACCAUUGAAUCAGGAAUCGCCUUGUUUGUCUCUUUUCUGAUUAAUUUAUUUGUCGUUGCUGUUUUUGCAGAGGGAUUUUAUAAUAAGACUAAUAAGGAUGUGAUUGGUAUUUGCCAAAAUGCGACAUAUGACAUUCGUUAUGAAGGCAUUUUUGACAAUAAUACAGACGUAGUUGAUGGAGAUCUUUAUAAAGGCGGAAUAUACCUUGGUUGUGAAUAUGGUGUCGCGGCGUUAUAUAUAUGGAGUAUUGGUAUCCUAGCCGCUGGACAGAGUUCUACUAUGACUGGAACCUAUGCUGGUCAAUUUGCUAUGGAGGGUUUUCUCAAAAUGUCGUGGACACGUUGGAAACGAGUUCUAUUUACUCGGUCUAUAGCAAUAGGACCGACUUUGGCAGUCGCUGGUUUCUUAGGAAUCAAUAAUCUCACUGGAAUGAAUGAUUUUCUCAAUGUCUUACAAAGUUUGCAGCUUCCUUUCGCAUUGCUACCAAUGUUGUACUUUACGAACAAAACAGAAGUGAUGGGCAGUUUUGUAAACGGAAGGAUUAUGUGCGCUUUUUCAUGGGUUGUCUCCAUUGUGAUAUUAGGAAUCAACUUCUUUUUUGUCGGCGAAACACUGACGAGUUUACCGAAAAAUGUUGCACUGUUGAUCUUCAUCUCAAUCCUGGUUAUUUUUUAUUGCGCUUUUGUUCUACUCUUAUUUUACUAUGCUCUUGAAUUCACUUUUCUUGAUCGGUUUAAUUGUCUUCGAAGCAAGAGCACGGGAUAUGAACCACAUGACGAUGAAGAUGAUUAUAUAAGUGAUGAAUAGUCCAAGUGAAAGAAAUAGAACCUCGUUUUUUUGUUGAUAAAACAUAAUCUGAAUACUGGAUAUGGUGGCAUAUGCACGUCGCUCAUUUUCCGUCUACAGCACUUUGCUUUUUCGCGAUAACAAAUUACAAACAUAUUUUACGAAGUAAUGUAGAUUUAGAAUAUUUUAUACAACAUACAUACAUGCAUGUGAUCCGUGACGGCAAGCAGUAACAAAACGCGUGUUGCAAUUUGGGGGCGUGAUUAUCGUAAAUAUUAUUAGAACUCAAUUAAAAAAAUUUUAAAAAGUUGACGUUGCCCGGCAGGCAUUACCUGGCCAAUUCUGUCAAAA